GAGUUGUAUACCUUUAAUGUAUUUUAUAAAUCUUUUUUUAAUUAGGGUCAGGGGAGACCAAGGAGUAGAGAAUGUUAAAAUAGCCAGGUUCAUGUUUUCUUCAAGAGGAACUGACCGUGGUAGUUUCAUAUCUGGUAAAAGUGUCCAUAAUCAGAGGAUUGAGCGCCUUUGGCGUGACGUCAGAGUCAUGGUUACCAACAAAUACUCCGAAAUGCUGCACUCCCUUGAGGCAGAAGGAUUGCUGGACUUAUCUGUGGUUGAGGACCUUUUCAGUGUGCACUACAGUUUUCUCCCAAGACUUCAGGCAGACUUGGACACAUUUGCAGAAGCUUGGAAUUACCAUCCACUCUCCUCAGAAGGGAAUCGAAGUCCAGAGCAGCUGUGGCAGAUUGGGUUGAUGCACAAUACCAUUGACCAACCAGAGAAUUACGAGGACAUUGAAGAGCCAGAUCUAGACUGGGACACAGCAGCUUCAUACGAUGCCUGUGAAGAUUUGGGAGUUGUUGUUCCAGAAUUUCAAUGCCCUUUGAGUCAAGAUGGGUUAAGGGCUCUUGAAGACCUGGUGAAUUCAACUGGUUCUAACAUCCCUGUUAAAGAACUGUAUUUAAUUUGCCGGGAGUUUGUUUUAACAAAUACAGUGUAAAUUAAAAAAGACCAAAAUGCUAAACGAGCAUAAAACUUUGGAUUUAUUUUGCAUUAAAGCUUACUGCAUAUCAGUAACAAUUAUCAAUUAUGAAUAAAGCUUUCAGAACAACCGACAGCAAUCUUGGCUGCUUCUGUGGCGGUACAUGUCAGUAACAAACCAA